AUGUCCUGGAAAGAGAGAUCAGUCGCCAAACGCAAGGAAGUCGCCGAGAAGAUCCCCCCAGCCUGGCGCGUUGAUCCGGACAUCCUGAUAGAGCUCCAUUCCACGGCCGACCAUGCCACAGAUUUGAUUGCACUGAAUGCCGUGCGGAAGGUGUCCAUUCUAUCCUCGCGCGAACUGGAUAUCACGGAGAACUACACCGCUGUCGAGCUGGUGGGCAGGCUUGCGAGAGGGGAACUCUCCGCCGUGGACGUGACGGUGGCUUUUUCGAAGCGGGCAGCAGUGGCACAGCAGUUGACUUCCUGUCUCACCGAGGUGUUCUUCGACCGGGCCCUGCAGCGAGCGCACUAUCUUGACGACUUUCUUCGGCGAGAAAAGAGACCGGUUGGGCCACUUCACGGCCUACCCAUUAGUAUCAAAGACAGCUAUGACAUUCAGGGAAUCCAGAGUACCCUCGGGUACGUCUCGUUUCUUGAUCACCCCCCAGCGACGAGGAACGCAGCCGUCGUCGAGCUCUUGUUGAAGCUCGGCGCGGUCCUGUAUGUCAAGACAAAUAUUCCCCAAGCCAUGAUGGUCGCCGACUCGGACAACAAUAUCUUCGGCCGAACCCUGAACCCUCAUCGCACCAACUACACUGCUGGCGGCUCGAGCGGCGGCGAAGGUGCCCUGAUUGCUCUGCGCGGUGCGUUGAUCGGGGUAGGCACAGACAUCGCGGGCUCUGUGCGCAUUCCCGCGCUCUGCUGCGGCGUGUACGGCUUCAAGCCUUCCACGGGGCGUAUCCCCUACCGCGGGGUCGUCUCGCACAAUCUGCCUGGACAUCCAGGCAUCCAGGGUUGCGCGGGACCUAUCACGACCUGUCUGGAGGAUGCAGAGCUGUUCAUCACUGCUGUCAUCGGUGCGGAACCGUGGUUAGUCGACGCGACGGCCCACGCCGUGCCCUGGAGGAGCCUCCAGAUUUUCCCCAAGGCACUUCGUAUCGGUGUUUUGGCCGAAGAUCCUAGCUGGCCUCUUCAUGCACGGGUGAAAUCUGCCCUUGCGCAGGCCGUGAGGCAGCUCGCCGCCGCAGGACACACGCUGGUCCCUCUGUCACACGAUGAUGCCUAUGGUCCUGGAACGGGUCAGCGUAUCGCUUUAGAUUUCUUCUCUAUAGACCCUCUCGAUACAUCGCUCCAGUACAUCGCUGCGAGUGGCGAGCCGGCGAUCCGCUCGUUGCGAGUCUUGGGCCUCGACACCCCCAAGACUGCUGUGCAACGAGAGGCAUGCACGAUCGGACGUCUGGCAAAGCUGAACGUCGAGAGAAGCCAUUACAACGACGUGUGGAAUGAUCUGGUCACAGAUCUCGAGUUGGACGUUAUCAUCGCGCCGGGGGCGCAGAACACGGCCGUGCCGCAUGACGAUUUCGGCCUGUUUCCAUAUACCGUCAUGUGGAAUGUGCUUGAUUACCCGGCUGGCGUGAUUCCAUUCUCUCGCAUCGCUACAGUCGACCUGGAACAGUCCGAGUCACGGUCUCCGGCGUGUGAUUCAGGUGAGUUGCCUCAUUAUUCUGCCUUCUUGCUUCCCUGGCUUCCCUGUGCUCUCCAAGUGAUUGCUCCUCGUUUGCAGGACGAGAGGUGGCUGGCUGCUGCGAAGGCCAUUGACGCUGUUUUAAAUAGGAUGAGAUGA